UCACUUCUCCCCCCAACCCGAAAGGCUAGGGUUAGCUGCUGCUCGCGCCGCGCGUCGCCGGGGGCCUCGCCGCCGCUCCUCCUCGCCCCUCACCUCGACCCGCCGCCUCCUCCGUCGCGGCCCCUCGCUCCCCUGCCACCUCCGCCCUCUCCUUCGCCGGCUCUCUCCGAGCAGCUCUACACGAUUGCAUUCACAUGUGAAGUAAUUUACUUGCCUACUACUGCCAACCAGGACUGGAAUAUACCCUCUCCUGCUUUGUAUUCUUUGGAUGAAAGGUCUGGCAGUCUGCGUCAGCUAUGGCACAGAGUUCGUCCCGUCUUCACCGCCUGCUCACAUUGCUAGACACUGGUUCCACGCAAGCGACAAGGUUCGCUGCUGCACGCCAAAUUGGAGAGAUCGCCAAGUCCCAUCCCCAGGAGCUAAAUGUCUUACUCAAAAAGGUUUCUCCAUAUCUACGUAGUAAGAAUUGGGACACAAGGGUUGCAGCAGCCCAUGCGAUUGGUGCCAUAGCAGAGAACAUCAAACACACAUCGGUGAAAGACUUGUUCGCAUAUGCAGAAGCAGAAAAACAUGCUUCUGGGUUGUCUGGUGGAAUCGGUGAUGUUGGGUCAGUGUUGCGACGCACUGAUACUACAACAUCUGAGCUUGCUUUUGGAAGCUUUGAUAUUAACAGGGUUUUGGAAUAUGGAUCUCCUUUAUUGGCAUCAGGUGGACAGGAAUAUGACAUCGCAAAUGACAAUGGAAAAAAUCCAGCAGAGCGUUUAGCUCGCCAAAAGAAGAAUCUUCGGCGUCGUUUAGGUCUGGAUGUAUGUGAGCAGUUCAUGGAUUUCAAUGAUGUUUUUAAAGAUGAGGACCUUCUUGCCCAAAAAAAUUAUUGGGGUCAAAGUAUACAAAAUAAUGGAUUCUACCCAUUUAAUACUGGCCAGAAUAUUCAGCACUUGGUUGCAUCUAUGGUUCCCAGGUAUCCCAAACAUUCUAAUUUUCGCUCUAGGCGAUUGAGUGCCAGGGAGCUCAAUAUGCUAAAGCGUAAAGCAAAAAGCAAUGCAAAAGAUCAUACAAAGGCUGUACCUGAGGAUGAUGAUCUUGUGCCAAAAAGUUCUGGACCGUCCAACGGGGCCUCUUCUGAUCAAGACACAUCUGAUGCAAUUGCAGAUGAGGACAAUCUGGAGUAUAGUGAGAAUGGGAGAUGGCCUUUUCAACAGUUUGUAGAUCAAUUUAUUCAUGACAUGUUUGACCCUAUUUGGGAAGUUCGUCAUGGCAGCAUUAUGGCUUUGAGGGAAAUUUUGACGCAUCAAGGUGCUUGUGCUGGAGUAUAUUUUCCUGAUCUGAACUCGCCUUUUGCUGAUCUUGAUGAUAUAAACAAUUUGGACUCCCUGAAAAGAGCACAUGGUAUUGAUCUUGAUGAAGACAUUGACUCGGGACAGCUUGAGCCGGUUUUGAAAAGACAAAAGAAAGAGGAGUCUAAUCCAGAGGUUAUGGGCAUUCAGUUGGAUAAGGAGCCAAUUAAUGGUGAUUAUUCUAAAACAGAGGCAAGUCCGAGUACUGAGCCUACUAUAUCUAGUGGCGAAGCAAAUUUUGCUCAUGCAAAGGUUGAAUCAGCUUUCCAGAUUGAUGGCUCAGCUAAUCCCUCUAAGCCUAGUUCUACACAUCUCCAUGAAAACUCAAAAUUUAUAAAACUGAUGAAACUAGCUAACUACUCAGCAAUAAAAAAUUGGGAAUUUCUUCAAGACUGUGCAAUUCGUUUCCUUUGUGUACUUUCAUUGGACCGCUUUGGUGAUUAUGUAUCUGAUCAAGUGGUUGCUCCUGUUCGUGAAACUUGUGCUCAAGCUCUUGGUGCAGUUCUGAAGUACAUGCAUCCAUCUCUAGUGUGUCAUACACUGAAUAAUUUGCUGCAAAUGCAGCGCAGGCAGGAGUGGGAAGUUCGUCAUGGGAGCCUGCUUGGAAUUAAGUACUUAGUUGCUGUUCGCCAGGAAAUGCUUAAAGAUUUGCUUGACUAUGUUCUUCUUGCCUGUAAAGCUGGUUUGGAGGAUCCAGAUGAUGAUGUCCGGGCUGUGGCUGCAGAGGCUCUGAUCCCAGCUGCUGCUUCUUUAGUUAGACUAAAUGAUCAAAUGCUGCAUUCAAUUGUGAUGUUGCUUUGGGAUAUAUUGCUUGACCUUGAUGAUCUAAGCCCUUCUACAAGCAGUGUGAUGAAUUUGUUAGCUGAGAUAUAUUCUCAACCAGAGAUGGUUCCAAAGAUGCUUGGUACAACAGUCACAGGUGUAGAUAAUGAAUUUGAUCUAAACAGUGUAACUCUGGUUGCUGGUGAAGAAAAAUUGAAAUCUAAUGAGAAUCCAUAUGUCUUAGCCACUCUGACACCCCGAUUGUGGCCUUUUAUGAGACACAGUAUUACAUCAGUCCGGCGUUCUGCUGUACGAACAUUGGAGAGGCUUCUCGAGGUUGGGAACACUGGGAGUUCAGCUAAACUAUGGCUUGCAUCUAUAUUAGGUGAUGCACUGCAAGUUGUCUUCCAGAACCUGCUUUUGGAGUCGAAUGAUGAGAUUAUUCGAUCUUCUGAAAGGGCUUGGAAGCUUUUACUUCAGUGCCCUACGGAGGACCUUGAGUCUGCUGCAAGAUCAUAUUUUAGUAAUUGGAUGCAACUUGCCACUACUCCAUAUGGCUCAGCAUUGGAUUCUGUGAAAAUGUAUUUGCCAGUUGCCCUUCCACGAGGAAGUCGUUCAAGAGCUGCUGCAAAGAUCAAAUCUGCUAGGUUAGAACAUGAGACUACAAAAAUGAUAUCGUUUGGUUCUACCGGAGAGAACACUUCACACGAAAAGCAUUCUGAAGUUCCCUUGAGUGUUCCAAAGAUAAUUGUGGGGUCAGAUUUGGACAAAUCUGUUACUCAUACACGAGUACUUACAGCAAUGGCCCUUGGUCUGUUUGCCUCUAAGUUGCCAGUGGGGUCGUGGCAAGUCAUUCUUGCUCCACUAGCAAGUGAUCUCAUCUCUCUCUCAGGAGUCCAGAGACAGGUGGCUUCUAUGAUUAUUGUUUCUUGGUUUCAAGACCUCAGAAAAAGUGAUCCUGCUGCGGUGGGUACACUGCUAGUUUUCUUAACCAGCCUGAAAGGGUUGAUGUUGGACCUACUGGCUUGCUCUGAUCCUUCAUUUCCUACAAAAGAUUCUCUGCUUCCAUAUGCUGAGCUUGCAAGAACAUAUAAGAAGAUGCGCAAUGAAGCCAAUAAUUUGUUCCAGUUGAUAGAUUCUUGUGCUCUUCUUAAAGAUUACACAAGCAACUUAAACUUUAAUGCUGACAUGCUGAGUGUCGAUGACACUAUUAACUUUGCUUCAAAGCUUUUGUUGCCAUCUGAACCUGAUCUUAAUUCGGACAGUGAUAAAAUUGUCUUGAACAAUAUAGAGUCAGCAAAACAAUGUCUAUUGUCUACUUCGGGCUACUUGAAAUGUGUGCAGAAUAAUUUGCAUGUGACAGUUUCCUCUUUAGUGGCCUCUGCUGUAGUCUGGAUGUCAGGGCUGCCUAGCAAGUUGAACCCAGUCAUUUUGCCUUUAAUGGCUGCUGUAAAAAGGGAACAGGAGGAAGUACUCCAGGACAAAGCUGCAGAUGCACUUUCUGAGCUCAUUUUUAGUUGUGUUGGCCGCAAGCCUGGCCCCAAUGACAAAUUAACAAAGAACCUCUGUACGUUAACAUGCACUGAUGCAAGUGAGACGCCUCAAGCUGCAAUUAUCAACUCAAUUCAGGUUAUUGAAGACCAAAACUUGCUGUCAAUUGGUAAGCGUUUUAGCAAUCACAAAUCCAGGGGCCAGAUGACUUCUGGUGGUGAAGACAGAUCAAAGUUGGAAGGUUUUAUAAGUCGGCGUGGAUCGGAGUUGGCUUUUAAGCAUCUCUGUGAGAAAUUCGGUGCAUCCUUAUUUGAAAAGCUUCCCAAGUUAUGGGAUUGCCUUACUGAGUUUCUUAAACCUGUCAAGGCUGGAGAUGAUCUUAUGAAAGAAGAUCCAAAUAUUGCACAGUUAGGAAGAUCUUAUGAGGAUAAGGAACCACAGUCCCUUAUAAAUAAUAUCCAGGUUGUUCGUUCGAUUACACCUCAUUUGGCUGAGCCUUUGAGGCCUCAAUUGCUAAGUCUCCUUCCCUGUAUUCUUGGGUGUGUGCGCCAUCCUCAUGUUGCUGUCAGGUUAGCUGCUGCAAGGUGCAUUACAUCAAUGGCAAAAUCAUUGACCGCUAAUGUGAUGGUAAUUGUGAUAGAAAAUGUCAUACCAAUGUUGUCAGAUUCAUCUUCUGUCUGUGCAAGGCAAGGAGCUGGGAUGCUUCUGAGCCUUCUUGUUCAGGGUUUGGCUGUGGAGUUGGUUCCUUAUGCUCCUUUCCUUGUUGUUCCUCUUCUAAGGUGUAUGAGUGAUCCUGAUGGUUCUGUUAGACAGACUGUAACUCACAGUUUUGCUGCUCUGGUUCCUUUGUUGCCAUUAGCAAAAGGUUCUUUGUUACCGGAUGGACUGAGUGAACGGUUAUCUAGCAGUGCAGAAGAUGCACAGUUUCUAGAGCAGCUCCUCGACAACUCCCAAAUUGAUGACUACAAGCUCAGCAUUGAUCUUAGUGUUGAACUGCGAAGGUACCAGCAAGAAGGAAUCAACUGGCUAGCAUUCCUUAGAAGAUUCAAGUUACAUGGAAUUUUAUGUGAUGACAUGGGUCUAGGCAAAACACUCCAGGCAUCUGCUAUUGUAGCAGCUGAUAUUGCCGAGGCACGUGCACGAAAUGAUGAGCAAGAUCCAAAAUCUUUGAUUAUCUGCCCUUCUACAUUAGUAGCACACUGGGAAUAUGAAAUAGAGAAGUACAUAGACAGCUCUCUCAUGAAACCUCUUCAGUACAUCGGUUCAUCACAGGAUAGGAUUAUCCUCCGUUCUCAGCUUGAUAAGUUCAAUGUAAUCAUAACAUCAUAUGAUAUUAUACGCAAGGAUAUUGAUUUUCUUGAGAAUAUCUUUUGGAAGUACUGUGUUCUGGAUGAGGGGCACAUAAUAAAGAACUCGAGAUCUAAAAUAACAUCUGCUGUGAAGCAAUUGAAAGCACAACACCGUCUUAUCCUCAGCGGCACUCCAAUUCAGAAUAAUGUAUUGGAGCUCUGGUCUCUAUUUGACUUUCUUAUGCCUGGGUUUCUUGGGACAGAAAAACAGUUCCAAGCUACAUAUGGAAAACCAUUGCUAGCAGCAAAAGAUCCAAAAUGUUCGGCAAAGGAUGCUGAAGCUGGCAUUCUUGCGAUGGAGGCACUGCAUAAACAGGUCAUGCCAUUUCUACUGAGAAGAACAAAGGAUGAGGUUUUAUCUGAUCUUCCUGAGAAGAUUAUCCAGGAUAGAUAUUGCAAUCUCAGUCUAUUGCAGCUCAAACUUUAUGACAAAUUCUCCAACUCCAAUGCCAAACAAGAGAUUUCCUCUAUAGUUAAAGAAAAUGAAUUAGAGCAAUCCAGUUCACAACCAAAGGCAACUCGCCAUGUGUUUCAGGCACUGCAAUAUCUAUUAAAACUUUGUAGCCAUCCUUUACUUGUAAUUGGGGAAAACCCACCUCAUUACCUUGUGGACCUUCUAAAGGAAAUUGGUAUGGGAUAUGGUGAUGAGCUUCAUGAGCUAUACCACUCUCCUAAACUUGUUGCUCUCCAAGAGAUACUUCAGGAGUGUGGUAUAGGGUCAGAAAUAUCAAGCCCCGAUGCUUCCUCAGCUUUUGGGCAACACAGAGUUUUGAUUUUUGCUCAACAUAAGGCUUUUCUUGACAUUAUUGAAAAGGACCUAUUUCAAUCCCAUAUGAGAAGUGUUACAUAUUUACGGCUGGAUGGCUCUGUUGAACCAGAGAAGAGAUUUGAAAUUGUGAAGGCAUUCAACUCAGAUCCAACCAUUGAUGUGCUCCUAUUAACAACUCACGUCGGUGGGCUUGGCUUGAAUUUGACAUCUGCUGACACACUGGUCUUCAUGGAACAUGAUUGGAACCCAAUGAAGGAUCUUCAGGCAAUGGACAGAGCACACCGUCUGGGUCAAAGGAAAGUGGUGAAUGUGCACCGUCUCAUCAUGCGUGGCACCCUGGAAGAGAAGGUGAUGAGUCUUCAGAGGUUCAAGGUGUCAGUGGCCAAUGCGGUGAUCAAUGCUGAGAACGCCAGCCUGAAAACAAUGAAUACUGACCAGCUGCUUGAUCUGUUUGCUUCGACGCCUGCUUCGAGAAAAGCAUCGGUCCUCCCAAGCAGUUCAAGUGGUGAUCAGAGUAAAGAUUCCAAGGGGAAAUCUGGUGGGAAGGGUUUGAAGUCCAUUCUGAAUGGUCUAGACGAGCUAUGGGAUCAGUCUCAAUAUGCAGACGAGUACGAUCUCAAUCAGUUCUUGGCGAAACUCAACGGCUGAACACACGAUCACCAGUCCUGUACAGUGUAAAGCGAAUUGGGACGUGUGAAGACAGGUUGGCUGAUUUUGUUGACAACCAAAGAAGUUAGAGAUUUUUUUGUUGUUUCAUACGGAAGGAGGAAAAAGAAAGAUCGCAAGAUCAAGAGCAAUGUGGCUAACAUAUAGGUGCUUGAGAUGGUGAUCUCAAAUUUUUGUCUUUGAGCUUUUGUUAGGAGGGUUAGAGAGAGAUAGAGCUAGUCUUGAGAGGAGUUGUAUAUACUAUCUGCUCAUUAUAAAUAAUUAAUCAAAGGCUGCAGCUCCUU